AAGAGUGUGCUGGCUCGGCGGUGCUUCUGGUUCCUUCAAAUUCUCAGCUUUUUCCCACGAAGAAAAAACAGAAAAGAUAGAUAAAGCGCACUUUCACUAAGCUGAGUACCAACAAUCCAACAUUCAGGUCUCUGAUUCCCCGUCCAUUCUACCCUCGCGUGAUUAUUUUUCCUCCAUCAGUUAAUUCCGAGCCGACAAGAUCCCACUUUUUCGCAGCGGCAAUUCAAAACCCACUCACUCCCGUAUCUCCAUAACUAAGCCGGGCUGAAAUUUUCGAUCUUUCUCCCAAAUUGUCACUUUUUGGCACAGCCCAAAGGCUCCUCCAUGGCUUCUGCAGCUUCCUGCUCAUCGGCUUAUGUGUCCGCAGCCUCCUUCGAAAGUUCGAAGGGUUCUAGGUUGUCAUCGAGAAUCCGGGCUUCGCUGGACAGCAAAGUAUCCGAUAUGGGUGUAAAUGCUCCGAGAGGGUUAUUUCCAUCGGAGCCUGAGCACUAUAGGGGACCAAAACUCAGAGUUGCUAUCAUUGGAUCUGGCCUUGCUGGCAUGUCUACUGCGGUGGAACUUUUGGAUCAAGGACAUCAGGUUGAUAUUUAUGAUUCUCGACCGUUCAUUGGGGGCAAAGUGGGAUCUUUUGUUGAUAAACAUGGAAACCAUAUUGAAAUGGGAUUGCAUGUGUUUUUUGGUUGCUACAACAAUCUCUUUCGUCUUAUGAAAAAGGUGGGUGCUGAUGGAAACCUGUUGGUGAAGGAUCACACUCACACGUUUGUAAAUAAAGGGGGUGACAUUGGUGAACUUGAUUUUAGAUUUCCAGUUGGAGCACCUAUUCAUGGCAUACGUGCAUUUCUAGCCACCAAUCAACUAAAGCCUUAUGAUAAAGCAAGGAACGCACUCGCUCUAGCUCUAAGUCCCGUUGUUCGAGCUCUUGUUGAUCCGGAUGGAGCAUUGCAGGCUAUAAGGAAUUUAGAUCAUGUCAGCUUCUCUGAUUGGUUCUUGUCCAAAGGCGGCACCCGCGCAAGCAUUCAAAGAAUGUGGGAUCCUGUAGCUUAUGCCCUUGGUUUCAUUGACUGUGAUAAUAUCAGUGCCCGGUGUAUGCUCACCAUUUUUGCUCUUUUUGCUACGAAAACCGAGGCUUCUCUCUUGCGAAUGCUGAAGGGUUCUCCCGAUGUUUACUUAAGCGGUCCUAUAAAGAAAUAUAUAACCAACAGAGGUGGUCGGUUUCACUUAAGAUGGGGUUGCAGACAAAUACUAUUUGAGAAAUCUGAUGGUGGUGAUACUUACGUUACAGGCCUUGCCAUGUCCAAGGCCACAGAGAAGAAUAUUGUGAAAGCUGAUGUCUAUGUUGCAGCAUGUGAUGUUCCUGGAAUUAAAAAAUUGAUUCCAGCACAAUGGAGAGAAUGGGACAUGUUUAACAAUCUGUUCGAGUUAGUUGGAGUUCCUGUUAUAACGGUUCAGCUUCGUUACAAUGGCUGGGUAACAGAGUUGCAAGAGCUCGAGCUGUCGAGGCAAUUGAGACAAGCUGUGGGAUUGGAUAAUCUCCUCUAUACUCCAGAUGCCGAUUUCUCGUGUUUUUCUGAUCUCGCUCUUUCGUCGCCGGAAGAUUACUACAGAGAAGGGCAGGGUUCCCUUAUCCAAGCUGUUCUUACACCGGGUGAUCCUUACAUGCCCCUGCCUAAUGCUGAAAUUAUAAGGAGAGUUCAGAAACAGGUCUUGGAUCUAUUCCCAUCCUCUCAGGGUUUGGAAGUUCUAUGGUCUUCAGUGGUCAAGAUUGGGCAGUCUCUUUAUCGCGAAGCUCCCGGAAAAGAUCCAUUUAGACCGGAUCAAAAGACUCCGGUUAAAAACUUCUUCCUCGCGGGCUCAUAUACAAAGCAAGACUACAUUGAUAGCAUGGAAGGGGCAACUCUUUCGGGUCGGCGAGCGGCGGCUUACAUCUGUGGUUCCGGCGAAGAACUACUCUUGCUUCGCAAGAAACUCGUCGCCGACAAAGCAAGUGGCUUCGCCGAGGCUCCGAACACAUUGAGCCUUGUGUGAUUUAGCAAACUUUCUCAAUUAGUUUAUGUGGAAUUAAAACAUGCCACUUUACCACUGUUUAAGAAGAUGUGUUUCAUCUUUUAAAAGUUCGUAUUGAUGAUAAUUUUAUAUGA